AUGAUACCCCCCGUCGCUGAAAGUGAGGACCCUACAACUCAGAUUCCGUGGCCUGCUGCCCGAGGGCGCGAUUUGGACCCCGCAGAUGACGUCGACAGCCAUCAAAACCGCGAGGCACCUACCGCUACUAUAACCAGUGGCGACCAGAGGACAGCGAGGGCCGCGUCUCCUAAACGGCGCUUCUCAACAUGGGAUCUUAUAACGUUAAGCAUCUCUAUGGGAGGUGCUCAAAUUGCAUGGACAGUCGAACUGGGAUAUGGGACACCGUUUUUGCUUGAUCUUGGGCUGAAGGAACACUUGACGUCUCUUGUAUGGCUGGCAGGUCCAAUUAGUGGGCUUGUAGCUCAGCCACUCAUAGGGGCCUUAUCUGACGCUUCUUCGUCCAAGUAUCGCCGCCGUUUCUGGAUUGGUCUAUCGACUGUUGCUCUCGUUAUAUCUACACUUACCCUCGCAUACUGCCAGGAAAUAGCGGCAUUUUGCGUUGAUGUCCUAGGCGUAGGCGCAGGAGAUUGGGCAGAACGGCGACAGAACGUCCUGAAAUGGACUGCCAUCGGAUUCGCCAUUGUCUCUUUCUAUGUUCUCGACUUCGCUUUGAACGGACUGCAGGCAUCUCUUCGAAAUCUACUGCUUGACGUGACACCUCCUGGGCAGCUCAGUUCUGCCAACGCCUGGCACGGACGCAUGACCAAUGCUGGAAAUAUCGUAGGUUUCGGAUUUGUAUGGAUAACCUGCGCUAAUCAUCAUGAGGAAGAACGUCCAAAGUCUCACAGGCGCCAAGGGAAUACUAUGCGGGAAGUGUUCAGUAACAUUGCUACGUCGGUCAAAAACCUACCCAAACCUAUUCGACGUGUCUGUUUUGUUCAACUCUGUGCAUUCAUGGGCUGGUUCCCCUUUCUCUUUUACUCGACGACAUACAUGGGUCAAAUCAUGGCUUAUGAACAAAAUAAAGAGCCAGAUGCUGAACUUGCCACUAGGACAGGUGAACUUGCCAUGUUGAUCUACAGCGUCGUUGGUGUUUGUGCCGGAACAAUUCUGCCUCAUCUUGCAACUCGCGACCGACGGUUAAUGGGCGCUAAAACUGAUGUUGACGAAGAUGCCGAGAUAUCACGAUUAAGGGCCAUGGUGCGCCAGUGGAGAGUAGAUGCUGCUCGCCGAGGACAGGAACUCCAUCUUCCUGUCAUGCCUUUCCUUUUGCGAAAUAUCUGGACUGGAGCGCUCCUGUUUUUCAGUUUGCUCACCUUGUCAACGUUCUUCAUCUCCACAGUGGUUCAGCUUCUCAAAGAGCCUCCUCCCCCAAAUCGACGGGUGGUCCCAGACGGUCGACGACCAGUGCAUGCGCGCAAUAUUUCAAACCCAGUCCGCCCCAGCUUUACUAGUGAACGACAGCCUUUGAUUCGCCGCCGCUCCUUCGACGAGUACGAGAAUGCUGUCGACGAAGAAAUACUACCCGGUGCACCGUUGCCUGGCGGAACUAUUCUUGGCAUACACAAUCUUUCAAUUGUUCUUCCUCAGUUGCUGGUGGCUCUAGUAACAAGCAUCAUUUUCCGUGUAGUGGAUGGACCUGAAACACAGAACGCUGCCAAUCAAUCAGAUUCAUACUAUGGCAAAAACGGAGUUGCUUGGGCUCUUCGCUUUGGUGGCCUCUGCACGAUCUUAGGCGCUAUUCUUGCCCGUCGGGUUCCUCCUACACCUACUGAAAAGGCCAUGCGCCGACGGCUAGGCGAAAUGAAACUUUUGGGAGAGGAGGUUAACCCGUGA